ACCAAAUUGCCCUCGACGAUAACAUCCGGUUUAUUAACUCUCUUGUUUUCCUCUGAAGAAACCCACUCACGAUGAACACGCUUAAAAUCAGUUUCACCGUCCUGAAGAAGCCAACUACGUAUUUCUUCAGUGGCAAUUCCGUCAUUUCAUUAAAAUCACUUACCCCUCCUUCUUCCGUAAAACCGGCGUCGAUCUCCGGUGGCCCCCGUGUCUACUCUACCUUCGCCGGCGCCGGCGUCCGUACCGACUUCAAAGUGAACUCCUACUCUAACAUGGCGGAACCUGAUUCCGAUCAUAAGCAAGGAGAUGUCGCCGUCAAAGACGAUCGCAUUGCUCGCAUUUCAUCCACAAUUCGCGUCAUCCCGGACUUCCCUAAACCUGGGAUCAUGUUUCAGGAUAUUACGACGAUGCUGCUUGAUCCAGUAGCAUUUAAGGAUUCGAUCGAUCUGUUCGUCGAGAGAUACAAAGACAAAGACAUCUCCGUUGUUGCUGGUGUUGAAGCAAGAGGAUUCAUAUUUGGUCCUCCUAUUGCAUUAGCCAUUGGUGCUAAAUUCGUUCCAAUGAGAAAACCCAACAAGUUACCCGGUAUAUCUUUUCUACCAUUGACAUCAGUUACCUUCUUUCAGUUUAAUAAUUCCUCACACAGGAUAAUAUGUUAUGUUAUGUCAUGUCAUGUCAUAUCAGGAGCUGUUAUAUCAGAAGAAUACUCGUUAGAGUACGGAAGUGACAUAAUGGAGAUGCAUGUUGGAGCAGUAGAAGCUGGUGAACGAACUCUUGUGAUAGAUGAUUUAAUUGCAACAGGAGGAACCUUAGUGGCUGCCAUUAACCUACUUGAACGCGUUGGCGCGAAUGUAGUCGAGUGUGCCUGUGUCAUUGAAUUGCCUGAUCUGAAGGGUCGGGACCGAUUAGGAGAUAAGCCGCUAUUUGUGCUCAUAAGCUCAACUUGAUUUUCGAUUAUUUAUUAAAAGAUUUAAUUGGAAUUGAAGGCUUGAGAGAAAAUCACUGUAUGAUUUGGAGUAUUCUAGUUAACAAUAAGUGGGAUUUUAAUGUAACUGAUUUCAUUAUUUCCUUCGAGUCUUUAAACGAUGAUGAGUUUGUUUACUGUUGCCACAA